CAAUAAAAAUUGAUAACAAAUUUAAAUACAUUUAUAAAAAAAUUAAUUAUAAUUGCACAAUAAGACGCAAUUAGAGGAAAUACUUUAUUAUAUAUAUUAAACAAAAGAAGAAAAAAAAUGUAAUAUCAAAAUUUCUUGUAGAAUUUCCUAAAUGAAAAUCAAAUUGCACAACUUGGGUAAAAAUUGAUAAACAGCUUGGAGUUUCUUACAAAAAUUAGUAAUGAAUGUAUUGUUUCUUUUUUUUUUUUAAUAAUGAUUGCAUCAGUAGGAGAUAUAAAUACAUGUAUUUAAACUCAAAAAGAUUCAGUUUAAUGUCAACAGUUGUCAUAUUUAAAGCUAUAUUUUUUAAAAAAUAUAUAUUUAAAAUUUUUUAUUUUCGAGAAACAAGAAUAAACAUUUUAAAACAAUGAUUAUCAACAUUCUAACUGUGAUUUUAACAAUUUUCAUUGGAUGUUUUGUCAUUUAUAUUUUCUUCAAUUAUAAAAAAUUAAAUUACCUUAAAAUUCAUGGAAUUCCACAUGUCACACCAUUACCAAUUUUGGGUAAUUUAGCAUCAAUUGUAUUUCGUCAAAAGCACACUGGUGAAUUUCAAUUAAAAUUAUAUAAUAAAUUUUCAAAUUCAAAAUAUUUUGGAUAUUAUGAUUUUCAAACGCCAGUAAUUGUAUUACGUGACAUUGAAUUAAUAAAAUCAAUUGGAGUGAAAAAUUUUGAAAGUUUUCAAGAUCAUCGUUUAUUUUUUGAUGAUUCAUCCGAUCCAAUGUUUAGUAGAAAUUUAUUUGCUCUAAAAGGACAAAAGUGGCAUGACGUGAGAAUUUUAUUGAGUCCAGCAUUUACAUCAAAUAAAAUGAAAAUAAUGUUUAAACUUAUAUCUGAAUGUGCAAUAAAUUUUGCCGAAUUUCUUUCAAAUGAUGAAAAAAAAAAUAAUAAAAUACGUGAUAUUAAAGAUUGUUUUACACGUUAUACUAAUGAUGUUAUUGCAACAUGUGCAUUUGGAAUUAAUGUUGAUUCAAUGAAAAAUCCAAAAAAUGAAUUUUAUUUAAUGGGCAUUGAUGUAACGGAUCCAGUGAAAAUGUCUAUAAAAUUUAUUUUUUUACGAAUGUUCCCAAAGUUAUUGAAAUUUUUUAAUAUUAGAUUUAUUAGUAUGAAAAUUGAAAAAUUCUUCACUAAUGUUAUUAGUACAACAAUUAAUAUGCGUGAUAAGAAUGAAAUAAGUCGACCCGAUAUGUUACAACUUAUGAUGGAUUCAAGAGGUGAGAGUAAUAAAAUACAACUUACAUCUGUGGAAAUGACUGCACAAGCAUUUGUAUUUUUUUUCGGUGGUUUUGAUACAAUAUCAACACAUGUUUCAUUUGUUGCUUAUGAACUUGCAUUAAAUUCAAAAAUUCAAAUGAAAUUACAAGAGGAAAUUAAUUUUGUUUUACAAAUAACAAAUAAUAAUCCUUCAUAUGAGGCAAUUAAUGGAAUGGAGUAUUUAGAUGCAGUGAUAAGUGAAUGUUUGAGAAAAUAUCCAAUUGUACCAUUUGUUGAUAGAGUUUGUAAUAAACAAUUUGAACUUCCACCAAAUCAACCGGAUUCAAAACCAUUUAUAAUUGAACCAGGAAUGUCUAUUAUGAUUCCAAUUUAUGCAAUUCAACAUGAUUUGUCUUAUUAUGAGGAACCGGAGAAAUUUAAUCCUGAUAGAUUUUUAAAUACUGGCAACGCUAGUAAUAAAUCAGCAACAUUUUUGGCAUUUGGUCUUGGACCAAGACAAUGUAUUGGAAAUAGAUUUGCUGUUUUGGAAACAAAAAUUGUGUUAUUUCAUUUAUUGGCUAGAUGUAAUUUAAAAGUUUGUAAAAAGACCAAUGUACCAUUAAAAUUGAGUAAAAAAACAUUUACACUAACAGCCGUUGGUGGUUAUUGGUUGGAAAUUGAAAAACGAAAUGUAAAAUGUAAUUCAAGAAAAUAAAAAAAUACAUUAUGGAAAUUAUUAUUAUAAA